UCAGCAUACUUAUCAUGUUCACCAUUUUGACCAACUGUGUGUUUAUGACUCUGAGUAACCCUCCAGAAUGGACAAAGAAUGUAGAGUACACGUUCACUGGUAUUUACACAUUUGAAUCGCUUAUAAAAAUUCUUGCAAGGGGCUUCUGUAUAGAUUCUUUCACUUUCCUUCGAGACCCAUGGAACUGGCUGGACUUCAGUGUUAUUCUCAUGGCAUAUCUGACAGCAUUUGUGGACCUGGGCAAUGUCUCAGCCUUGAGAACAUUCAGAGUUCUCCGAGCACUGAAAACAAUUUCAGUUAUUCCAGGCUUGAAGACCAUCGUGGGGGCCCUGAUCCAGUCGGUGAAGAAGCUCUCGGAUGUAAUGAUACUGACUGUUUUUUGUCUGAGCGUAUUUGCACUAAUUGGCCUACAACUGUUCAUGGGCAAUUUAAGGAAUAAAUGUAUAAAGUGGCCACCCCUUAACUUCAAUAUAACUAACAGCUCACUUGUCCUGAAUGAAACCAUGGCAAAUGACACGGAGAACAUAUUUGACUUUGACGAGUACGUCCAGGACAAGACAAAUUACUAUAUCUUGGAAGGAGCCAAGGAUGCAUUACUUUGUGGUAAUGGUACUGAUGCUGGCAAAUGCCCCGAGAGCUUUACGUGUAUGAAAGGUGGAAGGAAUCCAAAUUACGGUUAUACCAGCUUUGACAGCUUUAGCUGGGCAUUCUUAUCAUUGUUCCGAUUGAUGACUCAGGACUGCUGGGAAAACCUUUACCAACUGACCCUGCGAGCUGCUGGCAAAACGUACAUGAUAUUUUUUGUGCUGGUCAUAUUCCUGGGAUCGUUCUACUUGGUGAAUCUGAUCCUGGCCGUGGUAGCCAUGGCAUAUGACGAGCAGAACCAGGCCACCCUUGAGGAAGCUGAACAGAAAGAGGCGGAAUUUCAACUGAUGCUCGAACAACUGAAAAAGCAACAGGAAGAAGCUCAGCUUGCGGCAGCGGCAGCUGCAGCUGAGUCGGAGGACAGGAGCGGAGCAGAUGACCUGUAUGACAUGUCGCAGAGUUCCUCCGGCAUGUCAAAGCUGAGCUCGAAGAGCGCCAAGGAGAGACGGAACCACAGGAAGAAACGCAAGCAGAACGAGCUGGCCGGAGGUGGGGAGAAAGGGGACAAUGAGAAGAUGCACAAAUCGGAAUCGGACGACAGUGGGGGAAGAGGGAGUGUCUUUCGAUUUCCCACGGAUUGCAGCCGUGCAAAGAGCAGUUCCUCCCCACGCCAGUCGCUGCUAAGCUUCCGAGGUUCUCUCUUUUCCCCCCGACGCAACAGCAGAAGCAGCAUCUUCAGUUUCAAAGGCCGGAUGAAGGAUGUGGGCUCGGAAACCGACUUUGCCGAUGAUGAGCACAGCACCUUCGAAGACAAUGAGAGCAGGAGAAGCUCGUUCUUUAACCCUUACAGGCAGGGCGAGAGGAGAGGUAGCAACAUUAGUCAGGCCAGUCCAUCUCCCAGGAACCUGCCCAUGGUGUCAGCCAACGGAAAGAUGCACAGCACAGUGGACUGCAAUGGGGUGGUCUCGCUGCUUGGAGGACCUUCCGCUCCAAUCUUACCCACAGUACUCCUUCUGCCCGAGGUGAUAAUAGAUAAGCCAGCUACUGAUGAUAAUGCCGCCAACAUGGAAAUGGAGCUUAAGAAGAGAAGGACUGGGUCUCAUCUAAUAGCCACUGAUUUGCUUGAAGAUCCAGUGCUAAAGCAGAGAGCGCUAAGUGUAGCAAGUGUUCUGACAAACACAAUGGAAGAACUUGAAGAAUCUCGACAGAAAUGCCCCCCUUGCUGGUAUAAAUUCGCCAACACGUACUUGAUCUGGGACUGCCAUCCGCGGUGGUUGAAACUGAAGGAAGUUGUACACUUGGUUGUGAUGGAUCCAUUGGUGGACCUUGCUAUUACUAUCUGCAUUGUGCUGAACACCCUCUUCAUGGCCAUGGAGCAUUACCCGAUGACGGAAAACUUUCAAAAUGUGCUUUCGUAUGGAAACUUGGUCUUUACUGGAAUCUUUACUGCUGAAAUGAUUUUCAAAAUCAUAGCCUUGCAGCCUUAUUAUUACUUCCAAGAAGGGUGGAACAUAUUUGACAGCAUUAUAGUGAGUCUCAGCUUAAUGGAGCUCGGUCUCGCUGACGUGGAGGGAUUGUCAGUAUUGAGGUCUUUUCGAUUGCUGCGAGUGUUUAAAUUGGCAAAGUCGUGGCCCACACUAAACAUGCUGAUCAAGAUCAUCGGUAACUCAGUGGGCGCUUUGGGUAACUUGACUUUGGUGUUAGCCAUCAUUGUCUUCAUCUUUGCUGUAGUGGGCAUGCAGCUAUUUGGCAAAAACUACAAGGAGUGUGUCUGCAAAAUUACAGACGAUUGUAAGCUACCUCGCUGGCACAUGCACGAUUUCUUUCACUCCUUCCUGAUCGUGUUCCGUGUGCUGUGUGGAGAGUGGAUUGAGACAAUGUGGGACUGCAUGGAGGUCGCUGAUCAGACCAUGUGCCUCACUGUCUUCAUGAUGGUCAUGGUAAUCGGCAAUCUUGUGGUCCUGAACCUGUUUCUGGCCCUGUUACUGAGCUCGUUCAGUGCCGAUAAUCUCGCUGCCAGCGAUGAUGACAGUGAGAUGAACAAUUUACAGAUUGCGGUGGGGAGGAUACAGAAAGGCAUCGAUUGCAUCAAGAGAAAUGUAAGAGAACUGUUUCAGAAACCCUGCGUCAGGAGGAAAGUCACCGAAGAUGUCAAACCACUCGAUGACCUACAGAGCAAGAAAGGCAGUAAUGUCUCCAAUCACACAACAGUUGAGAUUAGUAAAGAGGGUAACUAUCAUAAAGAUGGCAAUGGAACCACCAGUGGGAUAGGCAGCAGUGUAACAGCAGAUAAAUACGAUGUAAGUGACUACAUGUCCUUUAUUCACAACCCAAGUCUCACUGUAACAGUGCCGAUAGAUAGGGAGUCGGACUUUGAGAAUCUAAACACGGAAGAUUUCACCAGUGAAUCCGAUCUGGAGGAAAGCAAAGAGCAAACAGCUGAAACCAGCUCUUCAGAGGGAAGCACAGUUGACAUCAGUCCACCUGGCGAGGGUGAGAAACAGGAGGAAAUCCCAGAGGAAUCCAUGGAGCCCGAAGCCUGUUUCACUGAUGGCUGUGUACGGAAAUAUCCAUGCUGCUAUGUCAACAUAGAAGAGGAACGUGGCAAGAUGUGGUGGAACUUAAGAAAAACCUGCUUUAGGAUAGUGGAACACAAUUGGUUUGAGUCGUUCAUUAUCUUCAUGAUUCUUCUCAGCAGUGGUGCCUUGGCUUUUGAAGAUAUUUACAUUGAAAAGCACAAAACCAUCAAGUCAGUCCUGGAAUACGCUGAUAAAAUCUUCACUUACAUCUUCAUUCUGGAGAUGCUUCUGAAGUGGGUUGCCUAUGGUUUUGUGAAGUAUUUCACCAAUGCAUGGUGUUGGCUGGACUUCCUCAUUGUUGAUGUCUCAUUAGUCAGUUUUACAGCUAAUGCCUUGGGCUACUCAGAACUAGGUGCCAUUAAGUCUCUUAGGACACUAAGAGCUCUGAGACCUCUAAGGGCCUUGUCACGAUUUGAAGGAAUGAGGGUGGUGGUCAAUGCUCUCCUUGGAGCGAUCCCUUCCAUCAUGAACGUGCUGCUUGUCUGCCUGAUAUUCUGGCUGAUUUUCAGCAUUAUGGGUGUGAACCUCUUUGCUGGGAAAUACUACCACUGCAUCAACACCACCGAUGAAAGCAUGAUCGCUAUUGACAUUGUGAAUAACAUAACCGACUGCUUAAAAAUGAUUGAAUUCAACGAAACCGCCAGGUGGAAAAACGUGAAGAUCAACUUUGACAAUGUUGGGGCUGGCUAUCUCGCCCUUCUACAAGUGGCGACAUUCAAAGGAUGGAUGGAGAUUAUGUAUGCUGCUGUGGAUUCCCGUGGUCUGGAACUGCAGCCUAAAUAUGAAGCGAACCAGUAUAUGUAUUUUUAUUUUGUGAUCUUCAUCAUCUUCGGAUCGUUCUUCACCUUGAACCUAUUUAUUGGUGUCAUCAUCGAUAACUUCAACCAGCAGAAAAAAAAGUUUGGAGGUCAGGACAUUUUCAUGACUGAAGAGCAGAAGAAGUAUUACAAUGCAAUGAAAAAGCUGGGCUCCAAGAAACCACAGAAGCCGAUUCCUAGACCUAUGAACGAAAUCCAAGGGAUGGUGUUUGACUUGGUGACAAAGCAAGUCUUUGAUAUAUUGAUCAUGAUUCUCAUUUGCCUUAACAUGGUCACCAUGAUGGUGGAGACCGAUCUCCAGAGUAAAGAAACGGAUAACAUCUUAUAUUUGAUCAACGUUAUCUUCAUUGUCCUCUUCACCACGGAGUGCGUGCUUAAGCUCAUAGCACUUCGCUAUUAUUACUUUACAUUAGGCUGGAAUGUAUUUGACUUUGUGGUCGUCAUACUUUCCGUCAUAGGCAUGUUCUUAGCUGACCUCAUUGAUAAAUACUUUGUGUCGCCGACAUUAUUCAGAGUUAUCAGACUUGCCAGAAUUGGCCGGAUCCUCCGUUUAAUCAAGAGCGCGAAAGGAAUCCGUACCUUACUGUUUGCCUUGAUGAUGUCCCUUCCUGCCUUGUUCAACAUCGGACUCUUGCUGUUUCUGGUCAUGUUCAUUUACGCCAUAUUUGGAAUGUCCAACUUCUCUUACGUGAAGAGGGAGUCCGGAAUCGAUGACUUGUUCAACUUUGAAACCUUCGGAAACAGUAUGAUUUGCCUGUUUCAGAUCACCACCUCAGCAGGCUGGGACGCUUUGCUGGCUCCAAACCUGAACAGCGGGCCUCCCGAUUGUGACCCCCAAAAACAUCACCCCGGCAGUUCCGUCAAAGGAGACUGCGGAAACCCGCCGGUGGCCAUUUUCUUCUUCGUCAGUUACAUCAUCAUAUCCUUCUUGAUCGUCAUAAACAUGUACAUCGCCAUCAUUUUGGAGAACUUCAGUGUUGCGAUGGAAGAGAGCGCUGAGCCUCUGAGUGAGGACGACUUUGAGAUGUUUUAUGAAGUGUGGGAGAAGUUCGAUUCGGAUGCAACCCAGUUCAUGGAGUACGGUAAAUUGCACGAUUUUGCUGAUGCCUUGGAGCCACCUCUCCGUGUAGCGAAACCGAACAAGGUACAGCUUAUAGCCAUGGACCUGCCCAUGGUGAGUGGGAAUAGAAUCCAUUGCCUCGACAUCUUGUUUGCAUUCACCAAACGCGUGCUGGGUGAGGGUGGGGAGAUGGAUGCCCUUCGACAGCAAAUGGAAGAUCGAUUCAUGGCAUCCAACCCUUCUAAGGUAUCUUACGAGCCAAUUACAACUACUCUACGUCGCAAACAGGAAGCUGUGUCGGCCACCAUAAUCCAGAAAGCUUUUAGGAGCUAUCUGAUACGGCGAACAGUCAAACAAGCCUCUUUUAUGUUCAAGGAGAAAGGCAAAGGGGGAGAGCUUCUGCCGGGCAAAGAAGAAAUGGUGAUCGAUAAAUUUAACGAAAACUCCACCACAGAAAAAACUGAUGUAACUCCUUCCACCACCUCUCCGCCAUCUUACGAUAGCGUAACCAAACCGGAAAAUGACAGAGAGGAGAAAGAAAAAGAUGACAGAAUCAGAUAUGUCAGGGAGUAUAAAAAGUAAAAACCCACCAAAACCCAAACAAACAAAAAAAAAUCAACAUAAGUUCCAGUUGUGAUGCAAUAUUGUUUACAGCCUUUGAAGGUGUGACCCAAUUGUGUCAACAUUUGGACUCCAUUUGGAGAUCUAAGCCAAACUGACAUGUCUAAUGUUGUAAGGUCAGGGCCUAAACCAAGCCAGUGACCCUCGUCAAGAUACUGUGACUCUCUACAGCAGAGAGGAGGCAGCAGUCUGCACGAGAGGUUACUGUUCCCACUGCCAGCUGACACUGCUGUAAGGGGAGAGUGUGUCAAAAUGGCUAAAAGACUGUACGGAUCAGAUGGACAAAGGGACCAGGAAACGUUACUUAAAAUGUCUGUGCUUCAUUUAAAUGUACAACGUCGGUAUAUUUUACCCUUAAUAUCUCGCAUUCCAAGCCGCUUACAGUCCCAUGGUUUCACCAGAAAGCUUUGACAGACAUUUUUCAUAUGUUUUCUAAUUCACAACUCGUUUACUUUUCCUGUCUAUUUUUCUAAAUGGGGCUUUUUAUGUUUAACGGGAAGAGGUGUCGAGAACGACCAUUAAGGGAAGAGGAUAUCAGGCUGGAGGUUUUGAAUCAAGUGUUUGUUUAACAUGUACAAAAGUGUCUUGCAUGGAAGCAUGCUGCACUCAUCCAUUGUGCAUGAAAAAAUCAUUAACCCAUGAGUCAAUUUUAAGGAAAAAAAAAUCUAUUAAGUGUUUCAGAAUGGCUCUUAAGUUCCGAGGUGCUUUACUAAAGUGUGUCGUGCUAUAUUGGAACAGUUCUAAUACGUGCCUGUUACUGUUACUUACAAACUGGUAUUUGGCAGGUUAUUUUUACGUGGGUCAUUCACAGACUCUGAGCAGAUGCGAUUUAAGUCCAUGUUCUGCUGGGACAAUUACUGUGUGUCGGUUUUGUAUUGACACGAAUGAAUGGAUUAAAAACGGAGAAGGCCAGAAGAGAUUUGCUCAGCAAACCAGAAUUGGCCGGAGUUGAGCUACACUAGAAAUUGCUCCGCUUUUAUUCCUGCAGUGUUGUUUAGCCAUCUUCAGCGCUCAGUAAGGUUGACAAUUGACGUGGCAAAUCAAAAAAAAAACAACUCGGUUGCGUAAAUAGCUGUGCUGUUUCACUCUGUGGUUCUUGUGGGGCAAAAAGAUGGCCUGACCACUGUUUUAUUUUUUUUGUUUCAUCAAAUAGACACCACGUUACAUCUAGUUUGCGAGCUUCUGACGGGUGAGAUGAUGUGCUCUGUAUCAUUAUAAAUAGUUUGGUCGCUAUCACUGAUGCAUGUUAAUUGCCUACGCUGCUUUGUACGCUGUUCCUUCCAGUGUCCAGAAGUCAUUGAAAUAUGGGAAGCCAUAAACCAGUGAUCACGUGAGAAUUUGUUCACUACAAUCUCAUGUCUCCAUCUCGUUAGUAAUAGUUUGCUACUCAUUAAAAACACUUUCGUUCACUCGUUCUUUUUUAGUUUCCCAAACCAAGUGGACUACUGUAUGUGGUAAAACCAGAACUUGUACAGAGUAUGUUGCAGUCUGCUUAAAAUGCUCAAAAAUACGUGGUUUUGAAUUUUCUAAAGAAAAAUAUACAUACUGUAAAGAAUCAUUUUAAUUUACUUUUCUGCAUUUUUGUACAUAUAUUUUAAAAGAAACAAAAGCUAAUGAUAAUUAUUUCAGGUCAGUACUGGAAACUUUUCUUACUUUCAUCCAUAGCACUUUUUCAUCAAUGAACUUCCCAAAAGAAACAAAAAGGGAUAAUUAAUUCUUGGGGCUUUCAUUUCCUUUACUGUAUGCCUUUAGUAUAAGCCAACAUUCAGUUGGGGGCAGAAUUGGGAUCAUGAUUCACUUGCUUCUAUGGAGUGAUCGUUGGAAACUGGGAACGAGACAGAUAUCCAAAUCUAAAGCACUGCCUGCAUUGAAAAUGUUGAGAAAAUUGUUAUUAUUGCCACAACAUCUUUAAUCCUUUAUACUGCUUUAUACUGUGUCCUUUCUGCAGACUUUUCUGUCUUGUGAAAUGAUUCAUGUUGCACUAGAACUGUUCUCAAUGGAAAAUGCCCCCCUCCCCCCAGUCUUUUUCACCAGAUCAACAAUGAUGGACUUGUUUAAUUGCAUCCAGGUGAUUUUUGUGUGUUCUUACACAAAGUGAAAGUUCAAUGUAAACUCCUUUUAUUAAAGCCUAUUGACUAGUAGUGUAUUAGUGAACUGCAUGCAGGAUAAUGCUACUAUUACCACAAAUAAUGGUAAGACUGCAUUACAAAAACAAAGCUAACAAUAAAGGUGACUUUUUUUUUAUUGUACAUAAUAACUGACUCGGUGUGAACUUUUAUUGGCUUGGCAUUGUACAGAUGUCAUUUAUAGAUCAAUCUUGCAAAUACAUUUGGCUAAUUUUUAAUCUACGUGAAGAAUAG